CGGCGGAGAGGCUGCGGCGGGUGCGGUGGGCUAAGUCCCAGCGCGGGUGCGGCUCACGGCGCGGGCCCCACGCUUCCGCACCCUGCUCCGGCCUCGACCACGGCGAACCUGAACGCGGCAGCGGCCUCGGAGAGGUGCUGGGCAAGUUGAGCUCUCUGGCCCACAUGGCUUCUGAAGCUAAGAACUUGGGGACAAUGCUUUCUGGAAGCAUUUCUUGGCCAUGCUGGACUGUAACCUUGUUCCUGGUGUGAGCAUUCUUGGAUGCAUCAGGCAAAAGCCCUUGAUUCUGCCAGAAAGAUGAGCAAUAACAGCAAUAAGAGAGCUCCAACAACAGCAACACAAAGGUUGAAGCAGGACUACCUUCGAAUUAAGAAAGACCCAGUGCCUUACAUUUGUGCAGAGCCCCUCCCUUCAAAUAUUCUUGAAUGGCAUUAUGUUGUCCGAGGCCCUGAGAUGACUCCUUAUGAAGGUGGCUAUUAUCAUGGAAAACUAAUUUUUCCCAGAGAAUUUCCAUUUAAGCCUCCUAGUAUUUACAUGAUAACCCCCAAUGGAAGAUUUAAGUGCAACACAAGGCUGUGUCUCUCCAUCACAGAUUUCCACCCAGAUACAUGGAAUCCAGCGUGGUCCGUCUCCACCAUUCUAACAGGGCUCCUGAGCUUUAUGGUGGAGAAAGGCCCCACCCUGGGGAGCAUAGAGACAUCGGACUUCACGAAAAAACAGCUGGCAGCACAGAGUCUAGUGUUUAAUUUAAAAGAUAAAGUCUUUUGUGAAUUAUUUCCUGAAGUUGUGGAGGAAAUUAAACAGAAACAGAAAGCACAAGAUGAACUAAGUAACAGGCCCCAGAAUCUUCCUUUGCCAGACGUGGUUCCUGAUGGGGAGAUGCACCGUGGCCAGAAUGGGAUCCAGCUCCUCAACGGGCAUGCACCUGCUGCUGGCCCAAACCUUGCUGGGCUCCCACAGGCCAACAGGCAUCAUGGACUCCUGGGCGGCGCUUUGGCGAACUUGUUUGUUAUAGUUGGGUUUGCGGCCUUUGCCUACACNGUCAAGUACGUGCUGAGAAGCAUAGCACAGGAGUGAGGUUCACAAGCCACAACCUACAGUUGCUGCUGAGGGACACAGGGGCCAGAGCUUGAUGCAGGCGUGAUGGACAUGCUGCUGAGCACAGGGUGGCCUGCCGGACUCCUGGGCUUCACUUUUUAAAAACCUUAAAAAGAAAGCAAAAACCAAAAUGUGAUCUGGAGGAGACUGGAGGUUCUCAACUCCCUCUUGAGGUUGUCGUGGGCAGUGCCACUCACGCUUUGGUUCUAUUGCUUAUCUCCUGUGUUGUCUUUUGAACCUGUUUAGUAAACCUGUUUUGUUUGUUUUGUUUUGUUUUUCAUUUUAUUAGAUUUGGUCACUUAAAAAUAUAAAACUUUAAUGCCUAUCAAA